AUGAGGGCUAAAGUCUCAGACAUGCACAGUAAGGACUGUGUCAAAGUGGCUGUCAGAGUCCGACCGUUCAACAAGAGAGAGAGGGAUGCGGGCAGUCGCUGUAUCAUAUCCAUGGUUUCGAGCUCCAUCACCAUCCAGGAUCCACGGGAUUCCCAGAACCGACGGUCUUUCUGUUUCGAUUAUGCCUAUUGGUCCCACAGCGGUUUCACAAGAGACCACAGGGGUAUCUAUGUGCCUGAAGAGCCAGGAGGGAGAUACGCUGACCAGGACAGCGUGUUCCAAGAUUUGGGAGAAGGAAUAUUGGAAAAUGCGCUGCAGGGUUAUAAUGCCACAUUGUUAGCCUACGGUCAGACCGGCUCAGGGAAGAGUUACUCGAUGAUGGGUUAUGGGCCUAACAAAGGCCUGAUUCCUAAACUCUGCGACCGGUUGUUUCAAGCCAUCAAAGAAAACCAGGAGAACAGACAAUGUCAGGUCUUUUUCAGUAUGUUGGAAAUCUAUAAUGAGCAGGUGGUUGACUUGCUGUCUCGGGCGUCUCGGACUCCGGGCGGGCUCAGAGUCAGAGAGGAGCAGCAACGAGGAUUCUAUGUGGAGGGUCUCCGCACAGUCCCCUGUGAGACUGCAGCUCAGGUGGAACAGUUGAUGGAGCAGGGGACGAGGACUCGAACCACUGCCGCCACCCACAUGAACGCCAACAGCAGUCGAUCGCACAUGCUCAUUAUCCUCCAGCUCAAACAGAUCUUCUCUAAAGAGAGCAUCACGAAGCAGUCCAACAUAAACCUGGUGGACCUGGCUGGCAGUGAGCGUCAGCGUUCAUCGGGGUCAGAAGCUGAUAGGCUCAAAGAGGGCACGGCCAUCAACCUGAGCCUCACCACCCUGGGCAAUGUCAUCAGCUCCCUGGCUGAUGUUGCGGUGGGGAAGAAGGUUGUCCAUAUUCCUUACAGAGACUCAGCCCUCACAAAGUUGCUGCAGUCUGCACUGGGAGGCAACAGUCGCACUGUUAUGAUUGCCACAUUGAGCCCUGCUGAUAUCUGCUAUGAGGAGUCUCUCUCCACGCUGCGCUAUGCUGAGAGGGCAAAGCGUAUCCAGAACCGUGCAGUGGUGAACGAGAGCCCCACCGAGCGUCUCGUUAAAGAACUAAAGGCAGAGAACGCCAGACUGUUGCAGCGUCUGAGCCGUCUGGGCCAGGAGGGACGCAGGGCGAAUGACGAGACCAAGGAGCUCCGUCAGCUGCUGACCCACAAUGAGCUUCAGAUCAGAGCCAUUCAGACUCUAUGGGAGCAGCAUGUGCAGGAGGCCCUGAAAGACUGGGAGCAACAGUAUGCUAACAUCACACAGGAGAGGAGGAUGAUGCAGAUGCAUCCCUACAUCCUGAACAUCAACGAGGAUGCUCAGCUGUCAGGGGUGGUGAAGCUUUUCAUCCAGGAGGGGGAAUGGGACAUCGGACUGUGUGACUCCUCCCCACGGUCCAUUUGUAUCAAGGGUCUAGGGAUCCAGGAACGUCAUGCUGUGUUCAGGAAUGAACAGCGCAGGGUAACGCUGACCCCGAUGACAGGAACAAAGGUUAUUGUAAAUGGCAAUCCUGUUUCCCAGGCAACAGAGCUGCAGCACCUGGGUGUGGAGUUCAAGCUGGAGAUUAAAAAUCUGGCACUGUCAGAUUCAAAAGGCCACGAUCUAGAGAAAGACAUCGUUGUCAGAGUCACCUCCAAGGGAACCAAGCAGACCAAGCAGGUCUGGAUGUGGUCCAAAGCCAAGUUUAUUAACCGCAAGUUUCUGAUGGAAGAGGUUUACCAGCAGCAUUUGGCAGAGCAGAGCGGAGACAAUGAAGUAGCCGAGCUGUCAACAGUAACAUUACCCAGAGAUAAAGACCCAUUCUGGGAUCCAAUUGAGCCUCUUCUCCUGGGCACUGCCCACCUUUGGCUCCAAUCGUUGGCCUUCCGCAUCCCCCUGGAAGAGCAGCUAGAGGUGUUGGGGUCAGAGGGCACAGAGGAAGGCAUUCUACAAACACAGCUGGUCCCCUGCUCUUCAACUGGACUCCCUCUGGGUGAGGAUGACAUCCUGAUUGACCCAUCAGAGAUACUGGGUAGACGACUAGACUUCCAGCUGGUCCUGGAUCAGUGUUGUGGCUUACGCUGGAUCAGAGAGGCCCGCAAUCGAGGUGUUCAAAUUGGUUUCAGGUUAUUUGACUGCAGCCAGCCUCUGUACACUCCAGCUGUUUGGCACAACGUGAAUCCUCUGCUGGAUCACAGAGUCCACUUUGCCUCCCUCCACACCUCCCAGCGUCUGCUAGACUUCCUGCAGAGCAGCGCUGUGGUGCUGGAGCUCUGGGGCCUUCAAGAGGGCUGCACUCAGUUGAAGUCUUCACUGGAAGGUGUGCGGAUGACUGCAGAUGGCAUCUUCAUCAUUGAUGAGUCGAGUCCAACAGAAAACACACCUGUAGACCCCUCAGACCUCAGUUGUUCAGUAAGAGCUCUUCAGCAGGACUUAGAUGAACUAAAGAGUGUUAAUGAAUCACUGAGGAAAGAGAAUCACAAUCUGAGGGAACAACUCAACACAGCCAGGAAUGGUGGCGAGGGUGCGCGUAGUCGCUCGGUGCGUCCCAGCUGUGAUGCAGAGUUUGCCCGCGCUCUGAAGGUUUUCUAUCACAGCAUGACUUCAGUAAGAGGUCAGCUGCAGCGCCUGCGCAGACACAGGCCCAGCGAGGAGUCAGACCUGCUGGGGCUCAGACUGUUUGUGGAUGAGCAGAGUCAUUUGCUGAGAGACUUCUCGGAGCAGCUGGAACAGAGCGUCUCUACACUCAAACAAGAUGUGGCCGCAAUCGUCCGCCGGAAACGAGAACGAUCAGGAAUCUGGUCUUGACCAGGGUUUUUAUUUUUUAGGAAAGUAUACAUUUAUGUUGACACUUUAAUUUCGCAACUCUGCAGAUAUUCCGGUUGAGGGUAUGAAAUGAGCAGAACCAGGUUCUUACAAACUAAAUUCUUUGUUUGGGUAAAUAAACAUGACGAGGAUCUGUUAUGAUGUUCCUCAU